AUGAAGAAAGCGAGAAAAUAUGACCUUGAGCUUCUUAAAGGGGUUCAGGAUCGACUUAGACCCGGUCAGAUAGUAUUAGUCGCAGAUGGUCUAUUCAGAUACCCUGCCCGACUGUUACAUCCUCGUUCAAAAUCCCAGUGGACUGUAAAAUGGUAUCCUCAUAAUCAAGUUGGUGAAGGAGCUAAGCACACUCCUGGUGCUUAUGACGUUGUUUCAACGGCGCACAUUGUCGACGCUUUGUAUGGAGAUGUUGUUGGUCGAAGGGGUAUACAGCUCAGAAGGUUUAUUACAAUGUCUGAACUGCAAGAGACAGAUGCUGAGAGGCAGUUAAUUAUUGAAGAUCCGACAAAAUCACUGCCAUACACACCAGAGAUCCAUACUGUUCUUAGCCCACAUCGAAACCGAUUCAUCAACCUUAUUUUCAAAUGCUCACAAGUCGAAGUUGACACAUUCCCCACCAUUCAGUAUAUGCGUUGCUCUCGAGUAACCGUUGUGCCGUACACAGGCGGCUUCCCCAUUGAGACUUCGGUCUCAUUUCAUCAACUGGCUACAGUGUAA